CGCAUGGGGUCUGGGGGAAUGCGGAGGUCGGACUUGGGCCGAUUCGAUGGCAGCAGGGAUCCUGGGUCUCCCCGGAUGAGGUCUACUGAGGGAUGCGGUCGAGUGUCUCGGUCAUUGGCCGCCGGGAUGAUCGUCGGGGGAGAAACUGGGCAAUCUAUCCGAUGGCGGUCGGGCUGGACUGUGAUCAUGACGAAACACCGGCAGGACGAUGCGGGGAAUCGCAGCAUUGUUUGUGCUGGACGAUAUAUAAACCAUAAGCCAAGUGCAAUGAAUAGUCUAGUCGUAUAGGGCAGACCAAGUAAGCAUGUUGUCCCUGCGAGGAAAGCCCUUAGUCUACCUGGUGACCAUCGUCAGCUCAACCGGCUUCUGCCUGUUCGGCUACGACAAUGGCCUCAUGGGCCAGGUCAUUUCAGAACCCAGCUUCCUCGAUGUGGUGGGCAAUCCGGACGCAGCGGUGCAGGGCUUUGCCGUGUCCUCCUACGAUGUCGGGUGUAUGUUUGGGGCGCUCGCCGCGCUGGUCAUCAGUGAACAGAUGGGCCGGAGACGCACCAUCCUGCUGGCCUGUGUCGUCCACCUCAUUGGGGACGUCCUCAAUGCCUCCUCCUACUCGCUCGCCCAGUUCCUAGUCUCCCGAAUCAUCCUGGGCAUGGGUCUCGGUCUCUUCACCAGUGCCUCCCCCGUCUGGCUGGCCGAAACCGCCACCGCGCAGAUGAGAGCCGUCAUGGUGGCUGUCCAGCUGACGUUCCUCAUCAUCGGCACCAACCUGGCCUACUGGGUCGACUACGGACUCGGAUUCCUCGACAACGAGAUCAGCUGGCGCGUUCCGUUUGCCUUGCAGGCUGUCUAUCCCAUCUUGGCCUUUGCCUUCACGCUGUUCCUGCCGGAGUCGCCCCGAUGGCUGGCCGCCCACGGCCAAACCGAGGCCGCCGCCGUCGCGCUGUCGGCGUUCCGUGAUCUGCCCGAGGACCACGAGAUGAUCCGCGCAGAGCUGCAGGAUAUUGCGUCGGCGAUUGCCCUCGAGGCCGACGGGGAAUCCUGGGGCGCCCUCUUCCGCCAGGGGCCCAGCAAGGUGCGCACCCGCAUCAUCAUCGCCUGCGCCGCCAACGCCAUGCAGAGCUACUCAGGGAUCAACUUUGUCGAGUAUUAUUUCCCAUUCAUCCUGACCAAUUCGGUCGGCCUCAGCACCAACAUCGCCAAUCUGGUGGCAGGCUGCUCGCAGGUCUGGUUCCUGCUGUCCUCCUUCCUGACCUGGUACUACAUCAACAAGCUCGGGCGACGCCGCCUGUUCUACCUGGGCAACAUUGGCAUGGGCUGCUGCAUGGUGGCGGUGUGCAUCACGCUCUGGAAAGACACCCACACCUCCGCCAUUCUCACCAUCAUCUUCUUUUUCAUCUACCUGUCCUUCUUCACCUGGGGGUGGAUGUCGAACAUGUGGACGUAUCCCGCCGAGAUCGUGCCGUUGCACGUGCGCGGCAAGGCGAUGGCGCUGUCGGUGAUCUUCCAAUUCGCGAACCAGUUCUGGACCGUAGAGAUUGCGCCCGUGACCAUCGACAGCAUCGGCUGGCGCACGUAUAUCAUUUGGGCCGUGCUCAAUUUUGCCUGCUGCGUGGUGGUGUAUCUGUUCUUUCCCGAGACCUCGGCCCUCACCCUCGAGUCCGUCGAUUUUCUCUUCUCCUCGUCGCGCAAUAUCCGGGAGGUGGUGGCGCGCAGUGAGCAGCUCUGGUCGAACCACUACCAUCUUGAGGUGGGAGCGGCGGCGGCGGCGGCGGCGGGGAGCGAUGGGAAGGAAAAGGCCAUGGAAGCGGGGGCGGCGCAGGUGUCGCAUGUUGAGGGACCGGCGCAGGAGUAGGACGGAUGGUUAAGUAGGAGUUUAGUUUUUGCGACAUUUUGAUCGUGUGAAUUGGAACCACUGGUUGGGAACUUUCUUGUUAGUGCUGGAGUAACAUGACACAUGUAUACCAUGCUCUCUUUUAGGUAGAACGCGGUCUACUGAGCAAUGCCCUGGCAGUGUUCCCCCCAGAGCAUCGAUGGCUUCCUGGAGAUAGACACCUGAGGCAACA